UUAAAAAAAUAUUUUUCAAAACAAAGAUGACAAUAUUCUUUUAAUAAAAAUUGAUAAAAGUUAUCAAAUUUAAACAUUUUCUUUAUUUUUUAAUGUUCGGAUAAAAAGUAUGAAUUCUUUAAGAGAAAGUCUUUCUAGUAUACCUGGCUCAAUAGCAAAUAUUGCCUUUGAAAAUCCUAUAACAUCGUAUUUAGGCUACAGUUCUACGCCAACAGCAACAUCUUCAACAGAAGAAAAUAGUUCAGAAAAAUCCCAGGCAAUUCCUGCAACCUUGAUAAAAGAGCAAUGGCAAUUAGUAUUAGGUCAUGAGGCAAGCUUGAAUGAAUUGGAAAUUGCAAUUGAAAAAUGUAAAGUUCUAGUUAUGGAAACAGAAGAGUGCACCGAAGAGAGAAAAUGGUUAGUUCGUCACUUAGUCGAACUACGAUUCCAUUAUAAAGAACUGCUCGAAGCUUCAAAUGAUUCAAAAAUUGUUUAUCCCGAAAAAAAAGUUCUUUUAGGACAUCAUUUUACAGUAAGACAAUCAAGAGGAUUACCACAAGGGAGACAAUAUUGUGAUCAUUGCACUGGUAUUGUUUGGAGUGUUGUACAAUCAUCAUAUAUUUGCUCUGACUGCGGUUUUGUCGUGCAUCAGAAAUGUAUUGACAAUGUUAUUAGAAUAUGUGCUCAUGUAAAAUUAAGUGAAAGAAAAUUUCCCAUAUUAGAAAUAUGUCCUGAAAUUGGAUUAGCUGCGCAAAAUUAUAAAUGUGCAGAAUGUCAAACUCCCUUGACUUUCAAUCUUCCUCAAAAUAUGACUUGUUUUGGUAACCAAGUAAAACAAGAUAAUUAUUGGCUGGAACCAAGAUUAUGUGACUACAGUGGAUUAUUUUAUUGCCCUACAUGUCAUUGGAACGAUUAUAUAUUAAUACCAGCGAGAGUUGUGCAUAAUUGGGAUUUCUCUUCAAGAAAAGUGUGUAGAGCUUCAUUUCAAGAAAUAACUCUAACGAUAGAUAAACCGUUGAUAAAACUAGAGGAAAUGAAUCCUAAAUUGUUUCAUUUUCUACAAAAAUUGGGAACAAUAAAAAAAAUUAGAGAAAAUUUGCAAUUUAUGAGAAAGUAUUUAUCUGAAUGCAGAAUAUCUUGCGAAGAAAAAUUAAUAGAUCAUAAUAUUGGCAAUAAACGGCAUUUAAUUCAAACACCUGAUGUAUAUUCUUUAGCUGAUUUGAUACAAGCUGAGUCUGGUGAUUUACUUGAUUUUCUAAAUAAAUUAUUUGAUACUUUUGAUAAACAUAUAAGAAAUUGUGAAAUUUGUUCUGGCAAAGCUUAUAUAUGCGAAAUAUGCAAUAAUAAAGAAGUACUAUACCCUUACGACGAUGGUUGCAUUCAUUGCACCAAAUGUAAUUCAAUUACCCAUCGAGCUUGUUGGAUCAGAAAAAAUUCAAUCUGUUUAAAAUGUACUAGAUUGGAAGAAAGAAAAAAUUUAUUAGAAAAACAAAUUUCAGAGGAAAAAUAAUUCUAUUUAUUAUUUUUCGUUUAUGUUUUUGGUUAAUUUUUCUACAAAUUAAGUAAAGAUUUUAAAUAACAUAAAAACAAUUUUUUUUUAAAGAAUUUAUUAACAAAUUUUAUUAAGAGUAGCAAUAUUAAUUGUUACAUAAAAUUUAUUUUAAAAUUAAAUUUAUUUUAAUAAAUUAAUAAUUUAAUUAUUAAAAAAAAUUUUUUAAACAUUUUUUAAUAUAUUAAUGUGAUAA